AUGAAAGGCAUCACAAAUGACCGCAAGGAAUGUCUUAAGGCACUCAGUGAGAGUAAAGAGUUUGUCCAGUGGGUUAAAAAAGAGCUUGAAGAAAUCAGCGAGCUGAAAGUUUUUGUUGACCUGGCAUCGAUCUCUGCUGGAGAAAAUGACAUGGAUGUCGAUCGAGUAGCCUGUUUCCAUGAUGCUGUCCUUGGUUACUCACCCAUGCUCUAUGAUCUGAAACAGGACUCUGAUUUUGAGAAAUUCAAAGAUGCAUUGUCAAAGUUAUGGAAUGCAUUUGAUAAUGACAGAAAGAUACCAGAGAAACUGCGGGAUACUUCACGCCAGCUAGAAUGGUUAAAAACUGUUAGAGAAAGCCAUGGAUCUGUUGAACUGUCAUCGCUGUCUCUGGCUACAUCCAUGAAUGAGAGAGGGUUAUAUAUCAUCAAAGCACAACAACAGAAAAAGAUUACUUUAGAGAAUUCACUGACCUUGCAAAUUGAGGAUGGACAUACAAACAUGACAUAUACCUAUGAGGACCUGAAAGAGCUGCAAAAUAAACUUAUGCUUAUGUCUGGAAAAAAACAACAAAAUCAGAGCGAGGUGAAGCGCUUCACUGAGGUGUUUGAAAGCAUCCAAAGACUUGCAAAAGUAUUUGUAGACCUUCACACUGCAGGGAAUCCACUUUUCAGGUGUUGGGAAGCUAAGAUUUUUUGCAAGUCAUUGUAUAUCCAAAGGUUGUUUGAAAACUUGGAGAGAAAUAUCGAACAAGGAACUGCAUUUAAGAAGUGCAUCAGGCUAACAGAACAUGAGGUUGAUGACCACAAGAUUAUCCAGUCUUUGUAUGACACACCAAAACAAAAAGAUCUUAAGGUCUUUCACUUUGAUGUCACAUCCUCGAUGAGAGAAGGCCCAAUGCAGCAGGUAGAUGACAGCGUCAUCCACCCCGAUGUUCGGUGUGAAGUCAGUGCAAGGGGUCUGAAGUGGUACGGCUCCUUGGGUCUGGAGCUGAUUCUAUCAGGACCUGUGGCCUUCCUUGUUUUCAUCUUCCUCAGCCGACUUCGCACCUGGUGGGAGAGGGCAGUAUGUAGUGUCAGGUCUAUGGCGUCAUCAGUGGACCUGUUGUGGCGCUGCGCAGGAGCAGGAUGGAGCGAUGAUCUGAUUGGCCGAAUGGGGCAUGGGGUUUCGUUUGUUAAAGUUCCCGGUCAUGAUAAAUGCCGCCUCUGGGUGCGCGGUUUCCGUGCUGCUGAUUGCGUUGUACAGUUCCCUGAGUGCUCGUGCAUGGAGAACCCCGGUAGUUGUAUGGCGGAGUCUGGUACCUUGUCCAAUAAGCAGGUUUCUGUGAGGCAGAUCACGCAGCAGUCCCGCAUCUCUCACUGGAAUGAGAGCCGUGCCCCGAGCUCGCACAGUUUGUUCUCCAGAGACUGCACAUUAGCAAGUAAUAAACUGGGUAGCAGUUGUCUGUUAGUGUGCCGUCUUAGUCGAACCAGAACGCCGGAUUUUCUCCCUCUGCGUCGGCUCUCCAGGAGCCCAGAACAAAAGGUGUCUCAGGUGAAAAAAGGCCUGGAUGAAUUUAUAUUCAACUUUUUCUUUUUGCGGUACCUGAUGGAUUCAGAUGGACAGAUGUGGCACUGCAGCCAGAACCACUGGUAUAUCAUUGAAUUACUAGAACCCACAAAUGUUCAGACCACCAGAUUGGUAAAAAAGGAAAACUUUGGAUUCUUGGAUGUUUUCCCAAAGGCGUUUUGCCGUCCACCAAAAGAGGUUUUGGCUUUGGAAAUGCAGAAAGAACAAAAUCCAACCAUAGCCUGUGAUGACCCCCUCAUGGAUGAAGAAUGUUUCAGGAGUGAAGCUUAUCAAAGACCAUACCAGUACCUCACACGUUUUCACAACAAUGGCAGUCUUGACAACUUUACUUACCGAGGCAUUGAAGGGACUCAUGCAAAGUGUCUUCAGAUACUCUUAAGCUAUUGUGGUAUAACUGAUCCAUCAUGGGCAGAGCUACGUAACUUUGUCUGGUUUCUUAAUCUUCAGUUGAAAGACUGUGAGAAUUCGGAUUUCUGCAAAUUUGAGUUGGUUGGAGACACUCUUUGUGGAUUCAAAAACUUUGUGGUUGAGUUCAUGAUCUUGAUGUCUAAAGACUUUGCAACACCAUCACUAUGUAUCACUGACCAGAGCCCAGGGAGGCAACACAUUGACAUCAAUGGACUAAAAGAAAAAGACUUAGCUCCAUUCCUCAUUAGAAAAAGGUGGGAAUCAGAGCCACAUCCAUACAUCUUUUUUAAUGAUGACCACAUGUCCAUGACAUUCAUUGGAUUUCACCUUAGGCCCAAUGGCCAGAAAGGGGUUGAUGCAGUAAAUCCUUUGACAGAGGAAGUGAUAAAGAAGAAUAUCAUGAGUCAAAGGCUGUACAAUGGCUUAAAACUUCAGAGAGUUCCUUUUAACAUAGACUUUAAUCAGCUUCCUAGAGCUGACAAGAUUGAGCAUCUGUGCAAUGUUCUUGGCGUCAAGUGGCCAACAGAUCCCGAUGUAACAUAUGAACUGACCACUGACAAUAUCCUCAAAAUGAUGGCAGUUCAUAUGAGAUUCAGGUGUGGCAUUCCUGUCAUCAUAAUGGGGGAGACAGGAUGUGGCAAAACAAGGCUCAUAAAAUUUAUGUGUGAACUAAGAAGAUGUGGAGCACCAGCAGAAAACAUGAAACUGGUCAAAGUUCAUGGAGGAACUACGUCAGAAAUGAUUUAUGAGAAAGUGAAGGAAGCUGAAACUCUUGCAAGGACCAAUAAAGAGAAUCAUGAGCUUGACUCAGUUCUUUUCUUUGAUGAAGCAAACACCACAGAAGCUGUUAAUAGCAUCAAGGAGGUCCUUUGUGAUAAUUCAGUGCAGGGAGAAGAGCUUGGCUCUAAUACAGGCCUACAGAUAAUUGCAGCAUGCAACCCUUACAGAAAACAUACAGACCAAAUGAUCAAGCGGCUGGAAACAUCAGGACUGGGCUACCGGGUUCGGGCUGAGGAGACUGAAGACAGACUUGGCUCCAUCCCUCUCCGCCAGCUUGUGUAUCGUGUUCAUGUGUUACCACCCAGUAUGAUACCUCUGGUUUGGGAUUUUGGACAACUCAGUGACACAACAGAGCAAAUGUACAUUGAACAAAUAGUACAAAGACAGGUGAAGGCCAGCGCAAUUGACAUGAGCAAUAUCCGAACAAUAAUUAAAGUGUUAUCGGCAUCGCAAAAGUUCAUGAGGGAGAGGAAAGAUGAAUGCAGCUUUGUCAGUCUGAGAGAUGUUGAACGUUGCAUGCAAGUAUUUCUGUGGUUCCACAAAAAUCAGCCAAUGUUUGCUGAAGCUCUAAAAGCCUUUUUACAGCAGCAAUCACAGAGAAAACAAAACAAACUACCUGCUAGUGACAGAGUAAUCUGGUCACUCUUGAUGGCUACUGGAGUGUGCUAUCAGUCCUGUUUGGAGAGCAAAAACACAUAUCAGAAAACUAUCAGCCAAAUUCUUCCUGAUGAGUAUAAACCACAAAGAAUAAUGCAGGAAAUUCAACUCAUGCAGGACCUCCUGCUCAGUGGUGUACCCAUGGCUGAGACAAUAGCCAGAAAUGAGGCUUUGAAAGAAAACUUUUUCAUGAUGGUGGUCUGCAUUGAGCUGAGAAUUCCCCUGUUUAUUGUUGGAAAACCAGGAAGCUCCAAAUCACUAUCUAAAACUCUAGUUGCAGAUGCAAUGCAGGGUCCUACAUCACAUUCUGACCUCUACAAAAAGCUGAAGCAAAUACAUCUGGUGUCUUUCCAGUGUAGCCCUCAUUCAACUCCUGAAGGAAUCAUCAAUACAUUCAAGCAAUGUGCUCGCUUUCAAGAAAGCAAAAACCUGGAUGAAUAUAUUUCAGUUGUUGUUCUUGAUGAGAUUGGAUUGGCUGAGGAUUCCCCGAAAAUGCCACUGAAAGCACUGCACCCAUUACUGGAAGAGGGUUGUAUUGAUGAUGAGCCAAAACCUCAUAAAAGGGUUGGGUUCAUUGGAAUUUCCAACUGGGCACUGGACCCUGCCAAGAUGAAUCGUGGAAUUUUUGUGUCCCGUGGAGAUUUAAAUAAGCAAGAGCUCAUCAAAAGUGCCAGAGGAAUCUGUUCCUCUGAGCAACAUGUUCUUGAAAAGAUCAGUCACCUGUUCCAACCUUUAGCAAAAGCAUAUAUGACAGUAUGUGAUAAAAGCAAAGGAUUUUUUGGUCUGCGAGAUUUCUACAGUCUGAUAAAAAUGUUAUUUUCAAUUACCAAAAUGUCUAAUGAACCUCCUACUGCAGAUCAGAUCACCGGAGCAGUCCUGCGAAACUUCAGUGGAAAAGAUGAUGUCGAUGUAAUUGACAUAUUCAGCAAAGAACUCAGAGAUUACCUUUCCAAUGCCAGUAUCACAACUAUUAAUAUGGUUAAGCAAAACAUCUGCCCAGCUUCCCAAAUGGAGGAAAGUCGUUAUCUUUUGCUACUCACAAAAAACUAUGCUGCUCUUCAGAUUCUACAGGAGAAAAUUUUCUCUCAUCAAAUCCGCCCAGAGAUAAUCUUUGGGUCAAGUUUCCCAAAGGAUCAGGAAUACACACAGAUUUGCAGGAACAUAAACCGUGUCAAAGUGUGCAUGGAGACAGGACAGACAGUUGUGCUUCUCAACCUUCAAAAUCUGUAUGAAAGUCUGUAUGAUGCUCUAAAUCAGUACUAUGUGACCCUCGGAGGUCAAAAGUAUGUUGAUCUUGGAUUGGGAACACAUCGUGUGAAAUGCAGAGUUCACCAAAACUUCAAGCUCAUCAUCAUUGAAGAAAAGGAAGCAGUUUAUGAGCAGUUUCCAAUACCUCUCAUUAACAGGUUGGAGAAACACUACCUUGACAUCAACACUGUCCUCACAGAGGAACAGAAGGUUAUUGCCAGACAGCUGGAGGCAUGGGUUAAUGAUUUUGUCUCCUUAAGUAGUUACUCCUCAGAAAAGAAAUAUGAUCCAAGUGAUGUGUUCAUCGGCUACCACUCAGACACGUGUUCCUCUGUGGUCAUGCAAGUAACAGAGAGUGAGAGUACUGAGACUGAUGCUCAGGUCACUCUGAACAAAGCCAAAGACAUUCUGCUCAACUGUGCCACUCUGGACUCAGUGGUUCGUUUAGAAAAAUCCAAACUGCCUGAUGAGGAACGACAGCAUUUAAUGCAAGAGUUUGUUAAAGAAGCAAUGCACAGUUCACUGGGAGACUACAUUGUGUAUCAUACUCAGCAGCCUGAACAGUCACACUUCCUAUUCACUGAGGUUUUGGCAGAUGUGCUUGAUACAACAGAUCUAGUGAGAAGUUGUGUCCAGAGUGCAGUGAGUAUGCUGAGAGAUGAAGUGGACAGUGGUGAAUUCAGCACUAAGAGAGUUGAAAAUCUGCUGAUUCUUCUGAAUGGAAACUAUACUGAAGCCUACUUAGUCUCAAUCACUGACCGAGAUUCUAAUAUGGACCUUCUCCGGGAUGAUGAGGAAGAUAUCAGGAACCUCUGGCUUGAGAUUUUUGGGAACAAAGAGAUGCUCAGUGUGCCGUAUGUGAGGGUGGAAAACAAAGUAUUCAUGGUGCAAAGCCAUAUCACAGGUCACCACACUAUGCACUGCCACAUGCCUUUCAGUUGGUGGAUCAAAGACCUUCUAGAUGGGUUGAUGAUGCAAACAAGACAGUCAAGACAUCAAGCCUUUUUUGUAGAUUAUUCUUGCGGUUAUUUCCAUGAUUUGUUCUUGAAAACUCCACUUGGCACUUACAUGGCAGAAAAUGUGAAUGAAAAAAUGAAGAAAGAAUUUUUCAGGAGAUACCUGCAUGAUUUUGUGUCGAUGACCAUGAAAGUAGCAUCAGAUGAAGAAUUAGAGGCCAUGGGCAACUGUGUUGAUGAAGUACUGAGAAAGACAGGAGAUGAUGAGCUUUCUCUCCCACUCAUCCACAUUGCCUAUCAUGUUUACCAAAAACGUCUUCAGAACCUUCUGCGGAUGAUUUCUCUUCACCCUGAAGUUGUUAGCCUUUUGCGAAAAAUGAAGAACAUUCGAGAUUGUCCUGAGAUGGUUUUGGAUGUUUAUGCAGCCAGGGAAUGUGUUAAUAGCCUGGAACCUUCUAAUUUAGACAGUGAUGACGUCUGUCAGCACUGGUUGAGGCAGGUGAAGAAGGUGCAGGCCUCUUUGGAGUUUAUUUGCUCCCAAAGCUUCGUGUAUUGUGAUCUCUGCUUGUAG